AUGAACAUAACUCCUCAGACAAGGCGCCGAAAUCGGCUUCCUCGCGAUCGUGCCCGCGAGAAAUUCCAAGAGUUGCUGGAUAAGAAUCCGCAAAUGACCCUGAUAGAGCAACUUCAAAAUUAUUAUCCUCAUGGCGAAGACCAGGGGCCGCUGUUCAUGCAGAUUUUAAACGACUAUGUGCCUGUUGCUCAGAUUCGAUCCUUGCUCUUCAACCGUUAUACCCGUGCUGCAGCUGAGCCAGUGUUGUGGGCUCGCAUUGACUUAUCAUUCGAUUCCAUAUUCGAGGGCCAGAGCGCAAAGGGCCAGUUUGAGGCCUUCUUUGAUAGUAUUGAAGCAAGGAGAAAGACGGAUAGCUGGCAUCCGGAAUGGAUACAAGAGAUUUCAAUCCAUGAUAGUCCGCUAAUGACAGCACGAUCUAGACUGUCUGCUCACAAUAUCCACGCGUGGAACUGGAAAUUUGGGGCCCUGGUGAAAGAGUUUUCGGCGCUCAGAUCUUUUACAUGGAAUUCGACGAUCCCGUUCAGCCCGGCACUUCUAGAAUCUCUUGGCGACGACCUGACAUGUUUGCGAGAAUGCCAAUUUAUUAUUCACUCGACGAUGGCGACUAGAUUGUGCGAAGGCCAAUAUAUUCUGAUAGGCGAUAAAGAACAAGAUGCCCAGGAGAUGAAACCGAGUUCGUCAAAGGCUACAUCGCGUCCUGAUAAACGCAAGCUCUCUGUUCUAAGCGAUAUUGUGCUCUUGGAGGCGACAUCUUUGCAUGUGUCUAGGCUUGCUAGAGUAAUAGGCAGGUACUUUGAUAAUGUUCGCGAUGUCCGCAUCUUUGGAGACCUUAGCCAUGCUGGCCGCCAGAGAGCCGCUGACGAUGCUACGCCUCUCCCAUCCCGCAGUCAAAGCGAUUUGUCUUUGCCUCCAAGUCAAAUACAAGCGCCCGGCACUAUAUCCGUCCAGCGGCUUUCCCUUGUCGGCCUUGGCAUUGCAGCAAAAUACAUAGUUUCGGCCCUUAUUCCUCAGGAUCUCAUAGAUUUGAAGAUUGAUCAUUGUGUUGUCUUGCGCCAUAUUCUUCAGCCUCUGACUGGGAAGGCGGCAAAUCUUGGCGGGUUCGACGUUCACUUGCCUGAUAUUCAUGAUUAUCCCGACACUGAACGUGGUCCGCAAAAACAAGACCAAAUGGCCGUUUGCAACUUUCUCCGAUCUGGUACAUGCCGGCUGAAAGCGCUUCAAAUCUGUGGGCAAUUUACUUCUGACAACUUUCUCCCCGGCAACAUUGGAGAAAUUGACAACAACGUGGGUCAGGGAUGGAGCUGGAGAGCACUGAAUCAGAAAGCGCAGCUAUUUUCAGCAAUUCAGGCACAUUUGCCAUGGUUGGAACAGCUUUCCGUCAUUGAUGGGUUCAAUUAUGAGUUUACCCAGUUUACUGUGGAGGAAAUGAGGGAGAUUGGACUUUGCGCACCGCGUCUAAUCGACUUUCGAUUUCGUGCAACACCCGCGUGGCCAGGACCGGGGCGAGAACAAGCUCUGCUAUCUUACCUCUCGACUGUCCUGCCCUAUCUGCAACAGGUUCAUUGCAUUGGGCUCUUCGGAAAUACAUUUGUGCCAGAUAUAUCUGAAUUCGAGCAAAACUACCAUCAAGACGACAAAGACAAAUCCAACAUCAAUGUUUUUGACAUUUACCAGAAGUCUAAUUUUGACUUUUCGCACUAUGCCCAACUUAUUCGACGUGAAAUAGUCGCAACUGUGGCAGCAGUCAAAGCAGCUCAUCCAGGUAUGCAGCUUCGAUUACUAGGAUACGAAGAGGCAGCGUCUCAGUGGCCGGCCCCGUUUCUCCAACUUUUGGAAUCAUUGGAUCCCUCUUCACAACAGAUCAUCACUCCCGGCAAAGGGGUUACUCCUUCAGGGCUUUGGAAAAGCCCUAAAUCCCCUGUCGCUGCACUGUCUGCGGCCGCCGCCGCGUCUAGCGCAGCCUUUGCCAGUACUACCCCCAGCAACCCUCCUGUGAAAGGUGGUUUGUCUGUGUUGAACUCCGGCAAAAGUUCAUUAUUGUCCUCCUUCUUGAACUUCACCAGGUCGCCGCUCAAACGUUCUAAUUUUACUAUGCCUGCCUUUCUCAAUAUGAACCCACUACUGGGGCGAGACAGUAAUCAGCCUCCACGGCGGGGAUCACUACCCGGCGAUCUGCUCUCCUCUGGCGUACCCUCAGCCCUGGAGUUUUCAUCAUCUACGCUGGUGGCCUUUACCGCGGGAUCACAGCAGCCCUCUGCUUCUCUCGCUCCAGCAGGCACUGAUCAUCGUGCUCCACUAGUUGUCCCUAUGAAGCGUUCGAAAGACCAUGGCCAAGCAACACCCAGCACCAAGAAACCAAAAACUCGAGAUGCAGCUCGUCAGCCAGUGAAGUCCGUACCCCGAACCCCGCAAACCCCUCCAAAUCAGACAAGUUCUCCUGAGACGACAACUAAAAAACUCACCGAUGAAGAGAAAUUUGCGCAUCUGCGUACCUAUUUCCUCAAAGCCCAAGAAUACGCUGACGCCAACCCUUCGCAUGAAUGGUAUUGGGUCGUUACUCCCACACCUCAGCUUCUUCCUAUUCCGGGCAGUACGUUCCCAUCUCAAUCCACCGAUACCACAAUAACAACAACAUCUUCAUCAUCAUCAUAUCACACGCCACGAAGUCAGCCCAGUCUACAUGCCUACAGCAACAAUCCGCAAACCCCACCAUCUCGACCAGCGGCCCAGGUUCCAAAGACCCCACCAAACGCAUUCAGCAGUCCCGGUGGGACCUUGACACGUACGCCCUCGACUCUACGUACGCCAUCAGCGCCAGGAACGGGGUCGCGGUUGCAGCCAGGAUCUGGAACAGGAACGUCCCCAUAUGCGACUACUGCUCCGACGCAGGAUAGACUCGCAGAGACAAGUCCUUUCUUUCGUAACGGAUCCCAGGGCAUCAGACUCCUGGCACAUAUUCGCGGUGGCGAUGGUGGUGAUCCCGCGACUGACCCCGCGACUGACCCCGCUGUCGUUAAUACAAGCGCUGGAAUAACCUCAGGUAGUAACACCGACGGUGUUGUCCGUCGCUCAACAAGACCGGCUAGACAUUCGAGAAAUACUCGGACGAAUAGAAACACGAAGAAUGCAGGCGAAGGCGGUGCCGGUUCGUCAACAGCACCUGCUGCUGCUGCUGCUGCUGCUGCUGUUGCAUCAGGAAGCAGAGCAGGCGGACCAGGAAGAGCAAGAGGAGCCGUGGCCACGGGAAGCGGAAACGGGUGGCUCUUUCAGGAACAUCUUCGCGGGUAUGCAAUCAUGCUGGGGAUCAAGCAGCGCGGGGUGGAGCGAAGAAGACGUGUCGCCGCUGGGGUUGGGGCUAGGAGUAAGAGUAGGCGGCGGUGGUAG